UGCGUCAGCUGGUGUGUGCGAUGUGCGUGGUGGCGUGCGCGGCGGCGGUGGCCCGCGCGCAGUUCUUCGUGCCGGCGCCCGCGUUCGGAGUGCCUCUGCCGCUGGCGGCGGCGCCGGUCGCGGACUCGCGCAGGGCUCUGCAGCACCGCGCUGUCGUGCUGAACGCGGAGGCCGAGGCGCGGCUGCCGCCCGCCUUGCAGAACCCCUUCUACAAGAACCCUCGCAUCGAGGCGGCGCUCGCCAAAGAGAGCUGGUUCACGCCCGAGGAGAUGCAAGUGCGCGAGCGCGAGGCGGAGAAGAUUCCGCGCGCCAAGAUCUUCUCCAUCCUGAAGAACGCGGGGCUCGCCCGCCGCCGGUGAGGGCAGCAGCGGGGUUCCCGCCUCCUCCCUGCCGGGUUCUGUGUGUCUAUCCCUCACACCCGUCAUCGACGUCAUCACGGACACACACGUUACCAUUUCUUCCUAAGCGUACGAAGAAACCGAUAAACGUUUCUUUCUCGGUGCACACUUACACGUACUCGACCGACUGCUGUUGUAGAGAGGGUCAUCGAAUUCGGGUGGAACAAUACACACUGCACGGUAUACGUCUAAAACAUAAAUCACGAAUGAUUCUUUCUCCACCAACUUUAUUACGAAAUGAAAUCAGGAACUCUCAAAGUCCGUACUAAGCAAAAGUUUCCUCCGAAGCAGCUCAUUUCGUGUGGACUUACAUGACACUAUCACUGACAACAUAUACCGGGUGAUCAAAAAGUCAGUAUAAAUUUGAAAACUGAAUAAAUCACAGAGUAAUGUAGAUAGAGAGGUACAAAUUGACACACAUGCUUGGAAUGACAUGGGGUUUUAUUUAACCAAA